CUGUACCCAACUUCAUUCCUUUCAUUCAAAAUUCAUUUCAAAAUCUGAAAUUUCAUUUCUAUUAAUAAACCAUGAAUCGAUAAAUCACCAAAGUAAAUUAACAGUUAAAUUAUCAAGUAAUUUAAAGAAUUUUCUUUGCAAUGAAGAUGGUCCAGGCAAACAAACGACCUCCUGCAAUUUCCCCUACAAAACUAACAGAUUUGAGAAAACCUUUUGGCUUCUGCUGUGACAUUAACCGUCAGGAUCUUGAUACUCAGUACAAUCUGAGAAAUCCACCUUUUGAAUCGACUUUCCCAGAGACUCCUCUUAACAGCAAUUGUCCGGACAUUAAAAUCCGUAUUCAGGACAUUGCAAAACCACCCGCAAGGGGACCUAGGGGAGGAAUUUUUCGAGAUAAUGUAGAUGUGAAAAAAGCUGCAGUUUACGGACGAUCAAAAAAAGGCCGUGGACCUCUCAAAUGGUUUCUAGAAGAGGAAAUUCAGGUGGCUCGGGAUCUGCUGGCCAGGGAGAAGAGGAUAAAAAGGACGGAAGAGAUGCAGAAGAAAAUUGUAAUGAAUAAAAUGAAGGAGAAAUCCAAGCAAAAGAUAUAAAAUUCACAUUAACUUGGUAAAUAUAGGUAUUUGGAAUGGAAUAGGUCAUCAAAGUUUUCAUCAUUAAGAAAAAUGGACAUCUCUCCAAAUCAUCCCUUAAAAUUUCCCUUUGUCAAAGUCACACUAGGAAAAUGAUCCUACAAUCUCACAUUUUUUUAUUACAAAAGUUAUAUUUGAGUUGUAUACAAAGGUAUCUCAGUAAUGACGGUGUUCAAAGACCUUUCAAAUUGAAUCGAGAAAAAUAAACCAACCAACAUUUCAUACAUUUUUGACUAAGACAAGUUGCCUCAUUAACUAGUAUCUCAAUAACAUUUUUCAGAAAACUUUAAUUAACUUUAUGAUCAUAUUAAACUUAUUCCAAAUAUCACCGACAUUUUUUGUUUACACUUAGUACGAAAUAGGUCGGAUAUCUCUGUUUUUAGUUUUUUUAAAGCAAAAGUUCUAAAGUGAGACGAGAAUUGAAGUCAGUACCAUCGGAGAGAAUAAAAAAAGAAAAUAUAAUAGUAGUCACAAUCGUGAACAAUGUCAUUCAAGUGUGAGCGGAAUAUUAAAAUUUCAAUGCUUACUGUACUAAUCAUGCACUUUUUUAUCAAUUUUUCAAUACACCUGCUCGUGUUUAGUUUAACUUAAUUUAUUCUUCCGCAUACUCUUACUUAUACCUCUAAUUCAUCAUUGUUUUAAUCAUUAAUAAAUACUAUGAAAUGCUCCAGGCACUUUCUAUCAUGUUCUCUCUCUCUCUUCUCGUAAUCAAACCCCUAAAAUUAACGAAAAAUGGCUUUAUUAAGGAUUAAAUCAAGUAAAUUUGCAGAGAAAUAAUGAAAACGAUGAAUCAGAAACAUGAAAAUUGCCUUCCCGGAGAUCUAUUUGAAAAAUUUCUCUGAAGUAAAUUUAAUGUCUUCUAUUCACUUUUUUCACAUUUCACCACAAAUAAAUAAAACAAAGUGAAUAAAAAUAAACAAAAAAAA